UCUUUUAGAACCUUCUGGGGCUUGUAGUUCUAAUUACGGCACGUCUCAAUUCAUUUAACGCCUGCUGCGCUGUUAUAAAAACUACAUUUUCCGUUACAACAACGUGACACAGCUAGCCAAAGCGUUUAGGGAUUGUAGUUCUUAAUAGUGCCCGAAAUACUUAAAGGUCGUGCUUCUUGCGCCAAAACGGACUACAACUCCCAGAUUACCAAGCGCCGUCGCAAUGCCAUACAUCGCUGCGUCCAUCGGAAAGGUUGUUAAACUCCGCGAUAGGCACAUCGCUGACCAAAACACAAAUAAAUCUGCAGUUUGUGGCUUAGCGUCAAAAACAUGGAGGUGAUCGAGACUGUCGUGAUACCGAAUACGGAAGUGGAGGGCGUGUCUAAUAUAGACACCGAUAAAACUAAAGCAGAGUUUAUUUGGACGCUGCAGGCCACAUGGCACCUCGUCAGCACGCGGUUGGAAAUGGAUCAGGCUUUUGACCAGCCCGUAUGCAAGAAAAAGAAACUCUGGGAACGGGUGGCGGAGAAGGUGAACGCCAAACUGAGGGGGUCGGGGGCCACCGACGUCACCGUGAGGGCGUACGAGUGCGACCUCAAGUGGAGGAACAUGCUGGCCACGUACAGGAAGAACGCCGACAGGUGCAGGCGGCUGGGCGCGGCCGGCGUCCACUGGGAGUUCUUCAGAGCCAUGCACGAGGUCCUGGGCAGGAGCAGGGAGGAGGUGGAAGCUCAGCGCCGGGCCAAGCUCAGCGGAACCAGAGUGGGCAGGGCUAUGGCCAGCAAGAGGUUCACGCCCAUCCUCCCCACGCCGUCGCAGCCUCCCGGCGGCGGUGCCRCCGCUUGCCCCGCCAGACCCCCGCAGGACGUGCUGCAGCUGUACAUGGAGCUGCAGGAGAGGAAGCUGAACAUGUGGGCGCAGCAGAAAGCUCUGGAGGAGAGGAAGGUCGACGCCAUCAACAACCUGGCCCAGGCCAUCUCGGGCCUGGCUCAGAUCAUCAGCACCUCAAAGGAUGGACCGUAGACCAGAGAGGACUUUUAUCUAACGGUUAACACCUAACAACGGGUCAUUUUUUUCUUUUAUUGGACACUUUUAACUGUUAAAGUGUUCAGAUUUAUAUUUUUAACAGCCCUUGUUUUGAAGGACGUAGCUUUAUUUUUAUACCUGAGGAGGCUGAGGUCCUUCUGUGUCUGCA